AUGGAGGAACCGAAAAAUCCUUUAAGUUCAGUAUCAAAGCAGAAAGAAGAAGAAAUGUCACUUGCAGAGCAGAAACUUGAAGAAGAAGAAGAAGAAGCAGUUGGACUAGUUGAAAACGAAGACGAAGAAGAAGGUCUUUCAUGGUCAUCAGACUCUGAGAUUGGAGACGCCCUCGACUGGUUAGACUCGAAGGAUGAGACAGAAGCUGUCAACGGUCCUUUUUGUCCGUCUACGAGGCGUCCUAAUGCUCAUGGCGGGCUUCACUCUCGGCCUACUUCAUCUCCGCUUCAACCUCUCUCAAAUAGAAACCAGAAAUACACACAUCACAUCCGAGCUGCACCUUUGGAGGAGUGGGAAGGGAGAUUGAAUUGCAGCAUGUCAAACUCUGUAACGACUGCGAUUCGUGAAAGUGUUCGAGAGAUGGCCAUUGGGAGAACUAGAACUACUGAGAAAGCAGACCGUGCCACUGUUGAGCAGGCUAUUGAUCCAAGAACUCGAAUGGUUCUAUUCAAAAUGCUGAAUCGUGGUGUGUUCCAUGAUAUCAAUGGCUGCAUUUCUACUGGGAAAGAAGCAAAUGUUUAUCAUGCUACAAAGAUGGAUGGUCAGGAGCUGGCAAUCAAAGUGUACAAAACUUCUGUUCUUGUGUUUAAGGAUAGAGCUCGCUAUGUACAAGGAGAUUAUCGUUUCAGACAUGGCUAUUGUAAGCACAAUCCGAGGAAAAUGGUGAAGACUUGGGCAGAGAAAGAAAUGAGGAAUCUCUUGAGGUUAAGGGCAGCUGGGAUUAGGUGUCCAACUCCUCUUCUUUUGAGGCUUCAUGUUCUGGUUAUGGAAUUCAUAGGCAAAGCAGGGUGGGCCGCACCUCGUCUCAAGGAUGCUGCUUUAUCUCAAGACAAGUUACGUGAAGGUUAUGUGGAGAUGAUUAUGGCGAUGCGGACAUUAUAUCAAAAGUGCAAACUGGUGCAUGGAGACCUCAGUGAAUAUAAUAUACUUUAUUUUGAGGGUCACUUGUACAUUAUUGAUGUUUCUCAAUCAGUGGACCUUGACCAUCCUCAUGCAUUGGAUUUCUUACGUGAAGAUUGUGUCCACGUUUCUGAUUUCUUUAGGAAGCAUGGUGUAGCUGUUAUGACAGUUCGAGAGCUGUUUGAUUUCAUAGUUGAUCCAUCUAUUGCAGAUGAAUCUGUGGACAACCAUUUAGAAGAGGUUCAGCAAAAAAUUUUGGCAAGAGGAGAUGUCAUAUCUGCAGAGGAAGAAAUUGCAGACUCUGUGUUUGUGCAGUCUUUCAUUCCAAGGACAUUAGAACACGUAAAAAAUGUUGAGGAGGAUAUAAAACGGAUCACAAGUGGCGAGGACACGGGGGAUAUUUACUACCAAACAAUAACAGGACUCAAGCAAGCUCUUCAAAGAGUAAAACCCACUGCAGCUCAAAGUACUGAAGAGAAACCACAGCAGAAAGAAACUCUCCAACAAGAGUCCCUUGUUAAUUCAGCUGCGCAGACCAACUCAGCCAGCAGUGAAGCAGAAACUGAAACAGAUGAAGAAGAGAGCUCAGGUGACUCACAAGGAAAGGAUUCUGACACUGAAAUACAGACACCGGCUGAUAAAAAAGCUGCCCGGAAAGAGAACAAGAAGAAGGUUAAAGAGGAGAAAAGGGAGGCUAGGAAGACAAAAGUUACAAAGGCAUUCAAGAAGAGAAAGAAGAAAAUGUCAAAGGCCAACAAGUCCAGGUAGAAGGUCCUUAUAUUAUGACUCUAGUGGUGAACGUAAUUUUAUUAUUCACCUUUUGUUAUAGUUCUCAUACAAG